AUACACUUUUCCUAACACACACUAAACUACAGUUUUAAUCACUUUUAUUUAUAGAUGUGUUAUAUUAAAAAAUAUUUUUUGUAAUUUUUUUAUCACUUUUGUACAUUAUUAAACUUUAAUAUUUACAAUGAUAUUUAAUUAAAUGAAAAUCAAAUCAGAAGAUGAAUAAUUUUAGAUGUAUAAUAAGGAAAAUAAUAAAUUUUAAAACCAGUUCUCUUCAUUUAACAAACCGCAGUUUUUAUACUAUAUCUUUUUCUAAUUUUUAUCUCACACCUCACUCUGUUAACUUUUUUCACUCUGACUUCAAUUCUUCCAAACCAACUAAAACAUUAAUAGAUUCAAUCUCUUAUAGUAUAAAUUACUAUUCAAGCUCUAAGGAUAAUGAAGGAGCCGUUAUAGAGUCUGGAAGGGAGUUUGAUGAGAUCCAACAACAGUUAAACUUUUCUGAAUUUACCUCAAACUACUGGAGGAGCUUGAGGCUAUCCAAACCUCUUCUCCUAACUUUCAACGUCGAUAAAUCAGUGGAGGCUAGGCUAAUGGAUGCUGUUGUGGGUUCUGGAGUUUUUUGCAAAAACGUUCCCUCUCUGGACAAUCUAUUUGAAACUAUACUCCAAUACAAGGAAACCAAAGAUUUGAUCGGGUGUUAUAUGAAUUUAGACAAUAAUUAUGAAGCGUUCCUUAACUUGAAUAAGGACCUUUUCGAGAAAAUAAAACUCAGCUGUAAUUCUGUCUUUUUAGACGUCACUUACCCCUACUACCAAUCAGUUGACGAUUAUAUGAAGAUUUCUAAAAUAAUAAAUUUAAUAAAUCCUCAUGUUAUAAGGUUCUGUAACGGAACUCUAAAGUUUCUUCUUAAUACUGACCUUGAAUGCCCACUUCUAAAAGAAAACUCCACCAAAGAAGACUUUUCACUAGAACGAUGUUAUUACCUCUCAGAAAAAUACAACUCUACCGUCAUUGACUCAAGUGACAAGAUAGCCGUAAGUAACCACAACAACAUGGAGAUAAUUGUUUUCCCAAAACUACCUCAAAUUUUAAAUAAAAUCCAUGGGUAUAAUAAUUGUUCUGGUGCUAUAAUUGCUUCCAUGACUACACUUUCCAGUGAAGACUUCCUAGUUCCUUCAAGUGCAGCAAUCUAUGGGUUAGACUUUGUUUCUAGUGAAAGUGCAAAGAAAGCUAACGGGCCAGGAUCAAUGUUUUAUAACUUCAUUGACACCUUAUACAACCUGUCGAUGUCACCCGAUGACAUACUCGAACAUAAAACCUCUGUAAAAUUUUAUAAAAGAAAGUAACUUAAUCUCCUAUCUACCGUUUAA